ACUCCUGUCAUCUCAAUUCAACCCUUCAUAUUUCACUAUAAAACACCAAUCAUUUCUGUGACAACAAGAACAUAAACCAUCAAACAACCGUGUUCGUGUGUCAUCAUGGCCUUCAAGCAAAAUCUUAUUCACCGGAUGUUAAACAUCUGCAACAAAAAAUGCUCCAACCAAACAUUACGUAACUGCCGCAUUUCCCCCUCCUCUUCCUCUUCCUCCUCCUCCGCAGCCGCCACUCGGGGUCUGGUGCCACCCUGUCCCGAUAGGCUGGCACCAGACCCAGGAGACGACACCAUGUUCCGGAGGUUUUUCCAGCCCAGGAGUGAGAGCAUGUUGGAGAGACUCAAGGAGAUGGACAUUACAAGAAACCGAAUCCGCCUCGAUGUACUUUCUCCUCCAGUGGAGGUAAAAAGAUCAUCCGAGGAGUUGACGGUGGCGGACGCUAAGAAGAUCCUUAGGGUCUUGCAAAUCGAAAAGGUGAAAGCGAAACUAAAAAUCGCUCGAAAAAACCACGUAUCUUAUGACGAGUAUAUUGACAUGUGUGUGGAAGCAUGUUCGAAUAGAGAUCAAGGGUUAGAUUUGGCGAAAGCACUCGAUGAUUCGGGUUAUGUGAUCGUGUUAGGAAACGUUGUGUUCCUCAAGCCUGAACAGGUGGUGAAAGCAAUACAUGGCUUGCUGCCCUCAAAUUUGCGGGUGACGAACAACCGACCUCUGAAAGAAUUGGAAGACAUGGAGCGACGGAAGUCCGCCAUUGACACCAGGGCGAAAGAAUUGGUUCAACGAGAGCUAUGGGGUGGUCUAGCAUACCUGGUUGUCCAGACCUCGGUGUUCAUGAGGCUCACGUUUUGGGAACUCUCAUGGGACGUGAUGGAACCCAUUUGCUUUUAUGUUACAUCGAUGUAUUUCAUGGCUGGAUACACGUUUUUCUUGAGGACUGCAAAAGAGCCGUCGUUUGAAGGGUUCUUUCAAAGCAGGUUUAGUUCGAAGCAGAAGAAGUUGAUGAAACGUGAGGGGUUCGAUGUAGAAAAGUAUAAGGAGUUGAGGAAAGCUUGUUACCCACAUCAAGAGGCAUGGCCAAGUGAAGAUUCAAUUGUAGAUGAAGAGACUAAAAAGACAUUUACUUAACAUGGAGAGCCAAGUUUUGUUUACAUUUUCGCUCUAAUUUUUUUAUUUUUUUACUUUGUAAAAGUUCCAUCAAGAUUGAUAAAGAUGGAAGCAGAAAUGCAAAUGAAUCAGAAAAUUUAAACAA